UUUGUAUAUUGGUAGUAGUUAGUGCGUAGGGAGGAGUGUUUGUGUGGAUUCUACCACUCAGUGUCGUUGAGAUCUCAGAGAGAAGCAGCCAUGAAGCACAUCGUACUGUUGGCAGCCUGCGUCGCCAUGGCGGCGGCACACCACGGACACGUUCCCGAGCUCCGUGCCAUCGCCCGAGUGGGUGACCCCAACAACCCAGCUAGCAUCCAGGGCAACGUGACCUUCACCCAGCUUCAUGACGGCAAAGUCCGUAUCGAGGGCACUAUUCUUGGUCUGCCUCAUGGACAGUACGGGUUCCAUGUCCAUGAGAAGGGAGAUCUGACUGGAGGGUGCUUGAGCACUGGUGGACAUUUCAACCCGGAGCAUAAACAGCAUGGCCAUCCCAACGACGAAGAGCGCCACGUCGGCGACCUCGGCAACGUGGAGUUCGACGACACCCGCAUCGGCCGCAUCGACUUCACCGACUCCCUGAUCUCCCUGGUUGGCGAGCACGGCAUCCUUGGCCGCGCCGUGGUCUUGCACGAGAGAGCUGAUGACUUCGGACGCUCUGACCAUCCCGACUCGAGGAAGACUGGGAACGCUGGCGGUCGAGUCGCUUGUGGCGUCAUUGGCAUUCUGUAGGCGCUUUUUUACUCUUUUGUUUUUGCAUUUUCACACUGGCCAGUAUGACGUUCUAUGUUUAAAAGUGUUACUUAUACUUUUUUUUUGUACUGGCCAGUGUGAGAAUUGGUAUUCUAAUUUGGUUUUCGAUUGCUUUCUUUUAUGCCAGAACGGAGAUCAAUAAAAUGGAUAUACUAUAUAGGAAACAUUCCUUAUUGGUUAGGAAGAUUGAAGGACAUUCUGCUUUCAAAUCUGGAUAUAUUUUUCCACUGAUAUUUUUUCCGCUCUCUAAGUUACCUAUUGGUUUUAAAAAUAGAAAUUAUGUAAUGUAAAUUAUUAGUUUAUCACCAGGUGGUCACAAAAUACGUUAUGAAAAGAAUUAAGCUUGUUUACAAUGGGCAGCCGUUGCACUAGUUCAAAUAUCUGGAAAGACUGGUUUGUCCGAACGCAAUAUUAAAGAACGAUCUGAACAGGUUUGUUUCUCAAUGUUCUCGCAGUAGGUUCGGUUAACGAUUUUUGUAUUUAAGUGAAUAAAGAUAAAUGUGUAA